AUGCACAGGAAAAGGCCAACGUUUCUCACCGACAUGGGACUGCUAAUGUUCUUAGCGGUAACAGCCUCGCUGUUGGGUUACUGCCAAACGGACGAAAAAGUGUCGUUUUACGGGGCGAGCUACAUCCAUCUUCCGGUUCAAGAGGCCAAGGGUGCUACUGACAUCAGUUUCCGGUUCCGAACUCAUCUCGCCGAUGCUAUGCUGCUAUUGGCUGCUGGCAAGACGGAUUACUGCCUGAUCAAACUCGAAGCCGGCAGAUUGAAGGUCCACAUUAAUCUGGGCGCGGGUGAGAAUGAGAUGGCGAGCGCCCGCGGGUUGACACUGAACGACCUCAGUUGGCACGAGGUCAAUUUGACAAGACGCGAGGCCAACAUCAGCCUGCAGAUCGACGUGAUACACACGACGAGGUCCCAACUGCCGGGUCGCUUUUUCGAGCUGAACAUACACUACGGCGUUUUCAUCGGCGGACAGGGCGACUUCAACGAGCUAUUUCUAGGUCACACGGAUUAUCUGAGAGGAUGCAUGGCCGACAUAAUUUACAACGGCGCCAAAGUUAUAGAGUACGCCAGGUCGAGAAAGGGCCAGUCGGAGGCAACAGCCGUAACGUGGGGCUGCUCGCCGGAAUUCGACGCCACGAGGAGCACGGAAGUCAGCUUUGUCGAGGACGGCGCCUUCGUCGCCAUUCCGCGCCCCAUUCCGCGCUCCGGUUCGAGGUAUAUAGCAAAAGUACCGCUUUCCGCUGUAAUGUAUACACCCCCAUUUAUCAUCGUCGCACCUACGGGACCGUAGAAAACGUAAUUAAACUGUCGCUACGCAACCGUAUCAACUAAAUCAUCGAUAAUGUUUAUAUAUCGAUGCAAGAAAGGAGACGCGGCGCUUUAUCUCGCUGAGCUGUAUUACACCGAAUUCAGUGUUGUUUACUUGAUUAUCUUAAUCCACUUAAUUAUCUUUGCCGUUAUUUGUACGUGGCUUUGCAUUUUACUCGAGGAUGACAAUUUGGGAAGAAACUUCAGAGAUAUUGUAAAAUU